CGGUGCCGCGCCGGGGGCAGAGUCCAGCGCGGGCGGCAGCGGCCGGAGCGUGGAAGAUGCCGCUGGGGCUGCGGAGCAAGAAGAAGAAGGACAAGUCCAAGGAGACCUUCAAGCUGGUGGAGAGCGAGGCGGCGGCUCCGGCCCCGGCCCCGUCCCCGGCGGCGGCUCCGGCCCCGGCCCCGUCCCCCGCGGCGGCCCCGUCCCCGUCGCGGCUGCAUUUCCACACGCAGCUGGCGCACGGCAGCCCCACGGGCCGCGUGGAGGGCUUCGGCAGCGCCCGCGAGCUGUACGGCAGCAUCGGCCAGGCCUUCGGCAUCGACCCCGCGCAGAUCAUGUUUUGCACUUUGAACACUUAUAAAGUUGACAUGGACAAGCUCUUAGGUGCACAAAUUGGCCUUGAAGAUUUCAUAUUUGCCCACGUGAAGGGACAACGAAAAGAAGUGGAAAUUCUUAAAACUGAGGAUUUGCUGGGACUUACUAUUACAGACAAUGGGACUGGCUGUGCAUUUAUAAAGAAAAUCAAAGAAGGCAGCCUUAUGGACCAAACCAGAACUGUCUGCGUGGGUGACCACAUAGAGACUAUAAAUGGCAGAAACGUGUCGGACUGUCGGCAUUAUGAGGUCGCCAAAAUGCUGAAAGAUCUGGAGAAAGGUCAGAUGUUCAAGCUGGAGUUGAUAGAGCCUUUGAAAGCAUUUGAAAAGCUGGAACCAAGGUCCAAAGGUGGAGCUUUGACAGAGGCAAAAAUCUCCAAAGGGAGAGAAACACUUCGCCUGAGAACCAAAGGCUCUGCUACUGUGGAGGAGAUGCCAACUGAAGUUGAAGAAAACGCAAUUAAUAAAGUGGAUGAGCUUCUUGAAACAUACAUGGGGAUAAGAGAUAAUGAAUUAGCUGCAACCAUUGUGGAAGCUGGAAGAGACAAGAAAAACCCCGACGAGUUCGCGGUGGCCUUGGAUGAAACUCUUGGAGACUUUGCCUUCCCGGAUGAAUUUGUCUUUGACGUGUGGGGAGCGAUAGGAGAUGCCAAGCAGGGACGACUGGAAUGAGAACUGUGCAACUCCAUCAAUCCCUGUUUGAAAAUACAAAGUGAUUUGCAAAUAUUUCCAUCAGUAACUUUAUGGAGAUGAGUUCAGGGUGCUCUGUGUAAAGUGUUCUCGUCUGAGGCUUUCCUUUUGCAAAGGAAGGUUUCUAAUAAAAACAUGAAGAGAAACCCAAA